AUGGAGGCCGGAAAUGGGCUCCCAAAGCCUGUGACUGCCAACACUUCGAAGCAUUCGCUUAGGUCCGACUGCUUGGAGUGGCUCAGACACUUAAGGCAGCUAGAAAAAGACGCACAAGUGCCUCUCGAUGAGGGUCAAGUGCCGCACAGCAGAGGCUCCAAAACCCGUCGAGCCUUUCCCUAUGCCGACCUCAGCGAAAGCGACGUUUUCGAAGUGUUACAUAUUCAUGAGCGAUACAGACUGCCAUCUCUAGUUGAAGAUACUGAGGUAGCCGAUCUACCCAACUUCGAAGACGUUACUCCUUAUGACGUUACGAAAGAGCAGCAAAAGAUGCUAUGGGAAAAAGAAGCCUCAAGACUCGUUGCAGUUGUACAGUCGGAUACUCCGCUGGAAUUCGAAGGCUCAUCGGAUUUCAAGGCAGACUCAAAGAAAUCCUAUGAGCUACUGACGGACCUUGCAGCCCAAGUCUGGCUGGGAGAGUGUAUUGUUACCUAUGAUGCACAAAGCUUGUUCUCCGAGCAUUGCAAACAGCUCUGCUACAAUAGUUUGCUCAGAAGAAGCCGCUCGACCAUUGACUAUAUCUGCAACAAAGAUGAUGAGGAUGACGACGAAGAGGAUAUUCGAGACAAAAUGGCUCAGCGUGCGACAAAGAUCGAUGUGGUCAACUUCAUCAACUAUGUCACCGCUGUCUUUGUACGGAACUUUUGUAUGGCCACAGAAGGGAAAAGCUUCCAUGCCAGAAUCAUCGCAAAUCUGGCAAGAAUAUCUACCAAACUAAAGGUUGUGGCAACCAGACCGCUGGAGUUUUGCCAGACAUCGAUUGCCAACGGCGUACCUGAUAGAGGCGCCGUCGAUCUCCCGACUCAUUAUGGAAUGCGAGGUCGUCAGACUGGCAUUAUGAACGAGUUCAGCCAGGGGUUAGGACCGAUGCCCGAGUCGGAGAGUCCGAUGCUGGCCAAGCUGAGGGCCUUGGAUCCCGAACGAGAUGGCAAUCCUGAUCGGACUAGCAAGAAGGAUUCAUUACGAAAGAUGUAUUACUUCAAUUGUUCCAAGCAUCAAGCCAUGAUCCACGAAAUGCUUGGUUUCGUCCUCCUCUCACUGCGGGGAGGAAACCAGCUGACGAGUGCCUCCAUUUCAUCAUACGAGAUGACUGCGAUUGUCUUCAAGACUGGAUUCGAGAAGUUCCCAGCUCUGGUAUUCCAAGACCGUGAUAAUGACUUCUUGGGAACUUCUGAUGCAUCGAACAUCAACUGUGCUCGAAGUGCAUUCCACAACCUCGACCAAGCCAUAAAAAAGAUACACCCUCUGAGGCCCCAAAUCAACAGGCCGGUGAGGACGAAUCGGGAGAGCCUACGAACGCCAAGCAAGCUGCGACUGAAUUCCAUGACUCAAGUCAUCAGUGUAAUUGUUCCUUUCCUAUUCACCAAUCCAAUCGCCGUUUCUAUCUGCGAAAAGUUCAUCUCUUUGAGCAUCUUCACGGAGUUGAGUGAGGAGCGACGGCUGAAUCCAGUCAAACAUUCGGAUUUUGACCGCUACUUUGCAUUCUUCUCUUUGUCAACGAAAGAGUAUAAUAAUUCCCAAUCUGUCAGCCAGCCACAUGGAGCAAAAUCUCUUUCCCACUCGUUGAUCCGACAAAAGACGCUGCUUUCAAGAAGGCAUGAUGAAAAAGAACACGUCAAUUUGGACCAACUUGUCGACGACUCACGCGACUCAAAGCUGAUCGAGCAAUUCCAGAUAAAGGUCGACGCUGAUCAGAAGAAGAUGAAGUCUUGGGUCUAUGAAGAGAAAGGCGUCAUGGUCCAAUGCAAGGUUUACGUCUUCGCCAUCAUGUUUCUUUGUGUGAUCCUUGUCAUGGGUGGUAUUGCAUUCGGAGCCUCAGUCGGCCAACGUAUCUCUGGCGUUGACCCCUUCAAUGUCACAUCAUACUGCUGGGUUCUCGCUGCAUUCAUCCUCCUCAUCGCCAAAAGCGUCCGCGUUCACAAUUGGUCAUGGAACGACUUUCUCCAUGGCCGCGUGCUUUGCAAGAGUGUCUCAGAGCUGUCUUCAGUGACGGGAAUCGACGACCAAACCAUCCUUGUGAAGCUAUUGCAGGAUGAAUUCUUCUCCUUCUUGGAGACGCGAGGGCCUUAUAACGCAGUUUUUCGUCGGAGGUCACAGGAUGACGGCUUUUCGAUUGACCGACCACUGACUAUGUGGACAAUGCUGUUUUCUGGGCUCAUCAUGGUUGAAGUUGAGGUAGCCCGCGGCCGUGGUCUGGUGUGUCUUGAUCUUCGUCGAGGAACCUUGCUUGAUACCAUCAAGCGUCUCGGCGAGCACCACGACGAAGAAUCAAUUUACAUACACAGCAGCCAGCUACUUCAUGAAGAGGGUCAACGGAGCGGGGGGGAUAAAAAUACUAUCAGAUUGAAAAAGGAUAAAACAUUUUGGAUACAGGCUGUUGGGUUCUACAACAAUAAGGAUGCCAAGUUCAUUUAG